AGGGCGGCGCGCCCGGCGCCGGCGCGCGGCGCCGCGGCCGUGGCCGCGGCGGCGGCCGCGGGCGGGGAGCGGCUCGACGUCACGCCGCUGGGCAGCCAGGUGCUGGUGGAGGACCGAGCUGGAGGAGCCCCAGGAGACGGCGAGCGGCCUGCUCCUCAUGGACUCCGCCAAGAAGAAGCCUGGCCUCCGGGUGGGGAAGGUGCGGGCCUUGGGCCCCGGGAAGCGCGACGACCUGCGCGAGCGGCCGCUGCUCGAGGCGCUGAGCGUCGGAGACACCGUCCUCUGGCAGGACUACACGGACAAGCCACUCGACAGCGAUGCCGACAAUAAUUUGUUCCUUGUCGGUAUCCGUAGCAUCAAGGCGAAGGUGAAGCGCUGACCCGUUGGCAGCGUUGCGUCUGAACUCCCACUCGUCCGCGCGCCUUCAGCUUCGGCUUGUCUGGCCGUCGGGCGACCCUCGCCAUCGCGGCCGGAAGCGGCUUGAGAAGCUGGUCGUGGUGGUGUUCAGGCAGGGAUUUUGGGAUUGAUUCUUAAGCUUUCGGCGGGCUCUUGCCAUGAGUUGAAGCGCUCUGUGAGGCUCGCGCACGCGGACAGGAAGGUUGGAGCUUCACCCAUGGGGCAUAGGCGCAUCCCGCGUCAGGGCGCGAGCGUUGAUCGCCCUAUUGCGGGGGACCCCGUGUUUUGUUGCAGCAGUGCGCGCGCCGCGUAUUGACGAGGCGAUCGUUCUCCCAUACCCCUCCGUGGCGUCCCUUUUUUCCGCCAUUGCUCAAGCAGUGGCGAAGCGUCCUGGCCCGCCUUUAGGCCUACCGAACAAUGUUCUGAGAACUUUUUUUGUGGAUUCCACGAAAUGUUCAUAGAACAUUUCUGGCUGCGACUGUCUUGUUUUAGCACGUCGGGCUUACGUUCUGAGAACAUUGAGGAGAGGUCCAGUGGACAAGUGAACGCUGGCCUCUCGCGUAGCUCACAGACCCGAAGAGUAUCAGCAGCUCUGCCGAGAUGCUAAA